UCACGAAGCGCGACCAGUGUGCGUCGGUGUGUGUCGGCGUGCGUCAUUUAUGACCACACACACAUCAGGAUGGCCUCGGCGUUGCCUCGCUGCCAUUGUACCCCUCAGACCUUCGCCGCCGUGUUCCUCCUCCUGUCAGGUGGCCGUUUGGUUCCGGCCUCCUGUUUCAGAGUGACAGAAGGGGGCGUGGCUUCCCUGUCCUGUGAGUACUCGGUGCAGCGUUUUGGCUUGAGUCGGGUCUGCUGGGGUCGCGGCUGCGGGACCCUGUGGUGCAGCAACAUCCUCAUCCAGACGGAUGAAAACGGCGUCAUCUCUGAGGCGGAAGACCGGUACCGAUUGACAGGAGACGUCCUGGAGGGACAGAUGGACUUGGACAUCCUUCACGUGCGGCGGACCGACAGCGGGCCGUACUGCUGCAGGGUGGACAUCGACGGGCUCUUCAAUGACAAGAAAGUGAUCAUGAACCUGCGGGUGGUCAAAACUUCAAUCAACAGCCCGACGACAACGUCGCCAACAACAACCAUGGCGACGAAAACAACUCAACUCACUGAGGCGACAACUUGGAGAGAAACCAGAAAAACGCUACAGUCGCCUCAGCUGGACCUUCUAAAGAGGAACAAUGCAACAAUGCUGCAUUCCACCACCAUCACUGUGGUCAACCCUCCAGCGUCACUCUCCCUUCAAAUCAAUGUUCCCGUCCUCUCUCUGUCCCUCACUGUGCUCAUCAUGCUGGCAGCGUUUUUGCUCUCCGUGGCCUUCAAGCGUGGGUUACACAUACCAGGUUUAAGGAGCAGCUGUUUCUCCAGUGAGGAACCCCCCCACAUCAUCUACGAGAUAAGGAUGAGAAGACCAGUUCAGGAGAACAUCUACACGCUAGACUAGACCUUCUCAAUCACAGACUACAUUUCAUUCACUUUGACUAUCUUGAUUAUUAUUUGUUUGCAUGAUGUUUUUUUUGUGAAAAGUUGAAUAUGUGAAUGUUAACUGUGAAUAAACUGACGUGUUUCUUUUUUUAAUGAAA